GCCCGGGAUGCGGAGCUUGUGGAGGCGCUGGCCCUGCGGCCUGCGGGCGGGCGGCGAGCCCUCGGAGAAGCACGCCAUCCUCGACCCCUACGCGUGCCGCCCGGCGCCACCACAGCACGACUACACCAACCAGCUGCUGCUGGCGAUGGCGGCCAGUCUGGGCUACCUGACCGUGGGGCUGGUGCGCGGCUUCUCGUCGCCUGGGGUGCCCUCCAUGCAGCAGACGACGCCCUGGCUCGUCCCCGACGACGACGCCGUCUCCUGGGUCAGCUCGGUGCCGCCGCUGGGCGCGUUCGUGGGCAGCCUGGCGUCGGGCCCGCUGCUGCAGCGGCUCGGCCGCAAGCGCACCCUCAUGAUCAGCGCGCCGCUCUUCGUCGCCUUCUGGGUGCUGCUCGCCUUCUCGCAGAACUACGCCAUGCUCUUCUCCGCGCGCAUCCUCACCGGCUUCUGCGCCGGCAUCUCCAUCCCGUCCGCCCAGGUCUACGUGAACGAGAGCGCGCACGCGCGCGUGCGCGGGGUGCUGGGUUCGCUGCCGGCGCUGUUCAUGUCGGGCGGCAUCCUGCUGGCCUACGUGCUGGGCGCGUGGCUGCCGUGGCAGGCGCUGGCCGGCGCGUGCGCAGUGCCGCCCGCGCUGCUCUUCCUGUCGCUGCUGCCGCUGCCAGAGUCGCCCGUCUGGCUGGCCGACCGCGGCCGACACGCGGACGCCGCGCGCGCCAUGGCCUGGCUACACCGCGACAGCGUCUUCGGUGGCGACCCAGCCGCCUCCCCGGAGCCACCAAUGGCGCUCAGGGCGGUCAAGUCAGACGGCGGCGGCGUCAGCAGCGGCGUCUUCACUCUCAGUGACGACACGCCGCCUCCGUACAACGGCACGCAACAGGAGGCGGCAGCACCAGAAAAGGAGAAGGAGAAGGAGACAGCCUCCAGCAAGGGCGCGUCGGCCGCCCAGGAGGGCAGUCCCUUCAGCCGAAGGGCGCUGCUGCGCAGGCCCGUCCUCAUCCCGCUGGCCCUCUCGCUCGCCCUGCUCGUCUUCCAGCAGCUCAGCGGGAUCGACUCCGUGGUGUUCUACACGGUGAUGAUCUUCGAGAGCGCCGGCAGCACGCUGGACGACCACGUGGCCACCAUCAUCGUGGGCGCGGUGCAGCUGCUGGCCAACGUGGCGGCGCUGUUCGUGGUGGACCGCGCCGGCCGCCGCCCGCUGCUGCUCGCCUCCGGGGCGCUCAUGGCCGUCUCCAUGGCGGCGCUCGGCGCCUACUUCAACCUGCAGGAGCAGAACCGUGAGGAGGGCCUGGAGCUGCUACCGCUGGCCAGCCUGGUGGUGUUCAUGCUGGGCUACUCGCUGGGCUACUGCACGCUGCCCUUCCUGCUGAUGGGCGAGCUGCUGCCGGAACGCCAGCGCGGACCGCUCAGCUCGCUCGCCGGCUCCUUCAACCUUGCCUUCAUGUUCGUCGUCAUCAAGACCUUCCACAACUUUCAGCAACUGCUCGGCAACGACGGCACCUUCUGGCUGUACGGCGCCAUGUGCCUCGCCAGCUGCGCCUUCGUGUGGCUGCUGGUGCCCGAGACGCGCGCCAAAUCGCUCGCCGAGAUCGAGCAGUUCUUCGAGGACAGCAAUCAGGCGCGAAAGGAGAAGCGCGCCGCUGCCGCCAGGGCGGUCGUAGUCGCCGCCGGCGGCGCUGACGUCGCCGGCGGUGCACCGGAGAAGACUGCCCAGCCGGCGGGAAGCAGCUAACGCCGGGACAUCGCUCCCGGGCGAUCGUGAUUAAUGUUCCUGUACAAGCGACUCUCCGUUACAGUGAAGGACUGGUCAUUUUAUCGUGGUCGCUGUCUUUUGGCGACUUCAUUAUGUAGAACUGAAGGUUUCCAAGUCACCGCCGAUUAACUUGCCUAGAGCACAUCAGGUCAAAAAGUGGAUCAGUCUGUAGCUGUACUACACAUCCACCUCCACCUACUACCAGCAGCCAAUGAAAUAUCGUCUUCCGCUGGGCACCUAGCCAAACACCACUGUGGACAGCGAUAUCUUCUCUCCUCCAGACUACACUGUGGCAAUAACUUAUUGCUGUCCACAGCGUCACUUUAUGAAGUACGGCGAUACAGAAGGUCGCUUCCCCUCUCUGUCAACGUGCAUACGGAACGUAUUCCCUUCCAUGCUGUACUAUUUUUUACUCUCUCUGUGUGGUAAGCCUUCCGACAUGGCAUUUACUAUACAGAGCGUGAACGAUAACCGGUAGCAACAUAAGACAGUGGUGUAGAAAAAGUCGAGACACACAAUUUGAGACAGACAUUCACGGUCUGUAAUGCUGGAAAAUAACUCAAAGUGGUCUACCACGCUACCAGAUAAGUCAGCUAUUUCGUCAACAACUUUUCUGUGAGGGUAAUGAAAGAAAAAAAAAACUUUUGUGAAUGUUAUGCAAAAGCUUAUUACAAUUGCAGUUCGACUUAAAUUUAAGCCUCACUAGUUAGGUAGUAAGAAGGCCAGACAAAUAAAAUGACUUAAUUGUCAAUUUUAUAGUAUGAAAAUUCAGAAAACUGUCAGGCAAAAUUUACACAAAUGUCAAUUCUACAACUUAUAAGUACACAACUGUCAACUAAGCCAAUGGUGAAACAGCCAAGUCAGCUCGGUGAGUUAGUGUGAUGGCUUAUUCACCUAAAGAUGGCGGCUAGGUGGACUGCAGAAAUAUUGUGUCAAGAUGGUGAUAUGUUCCAGCUGGAGACCCGACAUGAAUAUCAAGAGCAGAAUGUCUCGAAUCUGGCUAAUAAUUCCUGUAAUUUCCUAUUUUUGCACAGUGUAGGAGGUAGCGGCAUGAAUAACAUACUAAAAAUCCUGACUAGUAAGAACAGAGUGUUGUGGUGGGGGUGAAUUUGGAGGUCACUGUGGUACAUUGUCCUUGAACAACUUGAAAUCCGCAGCUUCUAGUGAAAAUGUAUUCCAGUACAGAAUUAAAGUACAUUAAAUUUCCUACAGAUAAGGUUCUAUUCAUUUUUUUCUCUAGGGUCGUAGUUUCUGCUAUGAGAACGAGGGAAUUUUGAAAAUUUCCAGCGAUACGCAGGCGCUGUUGCUUACUUGGUUUCUGUAGACCAACCUAUGUUAGUUUCCCGACUUGAUAGUCCACAAGUGUCCAAAAUCAAAUUGUUCGUCUCGACCUUCCCUACACAAGAGCUGUCCAACCACACAGCCCAAAGCAAGUAUCAAUGCUGCUCAAGAAGAAUGCACCUGUCACACGAUAGGGGGAAAAAUCAUAAAAUUCCGUUUGUGUAAAGGAAUGAUAAACUGAAUAUUUUCAAUCUGAAACUCCUGCCAUGCCAUGCUAUUCUCUCUUUGAUCGUUACUGCUUUUUUUUCUUCUCUUCACGUAUAUUAUGCGGCCCAAAAGUACUCAUCUUCUUCCAAUGUGGCUCAAGUAAGCUAAAAUAUUGGACAUCCCUGCUGUAAAUCAUUAUUGAACGUUGUAAACAGGAACUGUUUACACCAUGUAGUACCGCCUUACUGAUUCUUCUAUCGACAAUUCUAUCCUAAUAUUGGAAUAAUGUUAGGAAGCUCUGAAACGUUAUAAGAAGACCAGGAAGGGCGCAGUGAUAUGAUACAAAAUAGCCAAACAAGAUUUUAUGCAAGUGGGUUGGUUAUUUAUCAAUGCAACAGCAAACAUUCAGAUUCCAUACCCAUUGAAUAAUUAACUGUUGCACAUAUAAUUAAUAGAUGUUUAUCACACAUUCUACAGGAAUACUUUAUACCUCCCCUCGAUUUCUCUUUUGGAUUGGUUGAAUAGCUAGUCAGUGAUAGUGCAUGAACUGGGCACUUAACUGAGUAAAUGAGACACACACUUAUCUAUCUUUUUCUUUCAAUGGAAAAUCUUUUGAGUCGCAUGACUGGAUUCUCUAGCUGUGUUCCUUUAUCAAAAUGCUUAUUUCUGAAUACUUUCUUCACUUAUUGUUUUCAUUACUCCUGGUACGUAAUCAGUACAAUCUGCAUACUAGUGUGAUCUCUUUGGCUGUUAUUGUAGAGGAGGUGAUGCAUCUUUUCAAUAUCUUCUAUCUGUGUUUCUGUUUCUUUCAGUCAACAGUCUGUCAGGGCUUCACAUGAUUCGCCAGUCCUUUCUAGUCUUCACCAGGUUAUUCAUUUCUACAUUGUUACUUUGGACUUUGUCCUCGUUCUUCAUGCUGUCACAAUUACAGUCAUUCAUUUACUUUAUGGGUUUUACAGUCUGCAGCUUCACAUCUGCCUGUAUUAAAUUAUCCUUGAGCUGAUACCUUAAUACAUGUGCCCAUAAUGCUUAAAACCAAUACGUUGAUGGCCCAAAAAUGUCUUAUGUCACAUCAUACAUCCUUCUUCUGCAAGUGUUGUGUACCAGUUGGAAGAGUGAUUCCUGAUGCAUUCUGCAUAGACCGACAGAUUUUGCGGUGUUGCCAGUUGCUCUCCUUCUGUCCCAAACUAUACAUUUCAAUUGCUCUCUCCCUUGGCAGCUGGUAACACUAGAGUUUGUUCCGCAUGGUGACAGUGUUUCUGAUUCUCAUUAAAAUUAUAUUCUUGGAAUCCUAUUUCUCUCGCUCGGUAACGUAAUACUGUGUAGAUUUGUUUGCUGUAUCUCAUCCAUAAUAAACACAACGCUGACCAAAUAGCUCCUCUAUACCUACACUAACAUGAAUUCAUCAUUAAACAUUCUUCAAGCGCUAUACAACAGAAUGGUUCUACUGGUUGAUGCUACACAUGGCAUACUGGCCCCCACUUCUCUGCUCUCUGUUGGGCACGUGAACAGGCUUCCCACAGGCGCAGCCUUUGUGACCAACCCCCUCAAUGUGUCAACCGUCUGGAAUCACAAACUCCUUGUUCACCACAAUGGUCAAUAUUUAAGAGGAAAUUGAAGAGUAUAAAACACCUGAUCGUCUGUGUAAGUGCUUGCACUUCACACAGCCAGCACUUUUCACAAAUUUCUAUCUACGUGUAUUCGAUGACCGCUUUAUUUUGCACUGUAGCACCUCUCUUCAAAAGCUCCUAGAGUUAUAAGUUUGCACUGUCUACGCCAGAUUACCCUAUCCUGCUACGUGCCUGCUUUUCGCUUUUGAAAACUUUAUUGUCAGUCUUCAUCCAUUGUUUGAGGGCAGUAGAUUUGUUUCACAAAAAAGUCUUUGUUCAUACUAAUUUAUAUUUUACCCUUUGCUUGCUCUAGCCACCCUGUGUAAUUUCUCAAUAUAGGUUCCACAACUUCUAGUGUGUAUUAUGUAGCUAUGAUUUUUACAGGUUAGUAUUAUAUUUUGAGAUAGUGCUCACUACUUUUGUUUUUUUUUCAUUUGUUAGCUUUCAAUUCUGUGCUAAGUAACUUAUGGAUUUAAUCUGAUACAGCACUUCUGUGACUCCUUGCCUUCAACAAUACUAUUUAUUGUUGGUGCGCUAUUAAACAUAGCAAUCAAGAAACUGUACAAAAGAGUUAUUAAAAUUCUUAUAGCUUCCAGUUAUUGUGGAAUCAUAUGUAUGUUUCCGUUCUAGCUACCACUCUAUAAUUAUAUUUUCGCUCAUUAAGGCUACUUUUUGAUUAUUAUUUAUUUCUCAAUAAGACCAUAACUGUUGAUCGUUUAGCCAUUUUAAUGCAUAAAAAUAUUCUCUCUCACUCUAUCUUAGCUAAGAGACAUAUAACUAAUUAUACACAAAUGACUAAAUUUAAAAAUCUACAUAAUGUAUGAGUUCGUUUUUCGAAUCAGUGUUCUCCAUUUCGAAUUUUAUUUUAAAAAAGUAGAUAAAAAGAAAAAAACAACAUCUCAGGACGUAAUGAAUUAAGCAAAUCCACUUCCAAAAAGAUUUAUUUUCUAAGUAUUCUGUCUGUCUUCUGAUACAAUCUGCUUUUACAAAUUCGAUAGCCAGAUAAAGUUCCCAAAAUAUUUCCCAUUUGCACACACAAUAUGAUCCUUUCAAAUAUAGUACUUGCCAAGACUUUUAGCUGACAUAUCAAGAAGGAAGUAAAUUUUUGAGGAACUUCGUUUGUAAACAGUAGUAGAUCUAAAUUAUCAGUAAGUGUCAGGAGAUACCUGCUACCACUGAUACAAUGUACUGUCUGAGAAAGAGGUCUAUGACCUCGCCGUAUAAAUAUUUAUAACCUCCUCUUUUGGCUACCACAAGAAACCUGACAUUGUUCUUGUAUAAUUUUUCGUCGGUCAUGGGGUCUUUGCAAUCCUGGUAGUUUUCUGUUGGACGUGAAUUUCUUGUACCUCUUGUUGUGCUGCCAUGUGUAUUUAUUUUCUUUUUUUCGUUUAAUUUUUUUUCUUUUUUGUUCAUUGUCUGAAUAAGCCUCUUAACUGAAGCCUAUUUACAGAAAUAAUGUUUCACUCUAAUCAGAAGUGUAUGAUUCACUAAGUAUGACUAGUAAAAGGAAGACAAAGGGUCCCAUAGCUAUGGGAUCAUGCUUAUGAGCUAUGGAAAAUUUGAUAACAUAAACGAAGCACUACUGUAUACAGUGUACCUGAUAUGUGUUGUUGAGUGCAUGCCUGAACAAUAAAGAUAAA